UCCAGAAAUAGGUGGAUCUACCGAAAGAAUGAAUUAGAAUGUCGAAGACUUCGUACGGCAUUUUAGUACAUAUAGGCAAGACGAUUGGACACAUUGUUACCCUUCGCCCAAGUCGCGAUUCUCGGAAGAACGACAGUGGCAACCGGCAUGAGUCCCUUCUUCAUUACGCACGGCUACCAUCCGUAUUUGGGAGAUUCAACCGGUUUCACAAGGGCUACAGACAACAAGAGUCCACCUAAGAGUCCGGCAGCAGCAGCGGAGAUGAAGAUGAAGAAGUUCCACGAAUGCGUUGAAUUCGCGCAAGCCGCUAUGGCUACGUCCCAGCAGAGAUAACAAGACGUGA